AAAACGACCACACAAACCAUUUUUGAAGGAAUUAUGUGGGAGAGCUGCUGAAAACGGUUUUAAAAUGAUUUUGUGGUUAUAGGUUUUUGUGUUUAAGUUGUAAAAGGGACCAAAACAAGAAACCGAUGACUAUGAAAAAAAACGAGACAACGUUGAUGAAGAACAAUAAUGAUGAGGAACCAUCCAGCUCAUCUGCCUCUCCCCCCACCACUAAGAGAAAGAGAGUCUCCCUGGAAGAUUCUACUCCAGCUGCCAAAAAGGCUGGAAACAAGAAGCAAAAAAUAAAGGAGACUUCCACUGACGCUGGAGAGGACAGGUGGCAUGAUUGAGAGGAGGAGGACAUUGCUCCUGACCCUCUGAGGUUCAUGCCAGCCAGAACCCCUGGUCCCACAUUUGAUGCCAUGAAAUCAUGGUCUCCUCUCAGUCUAUUUCAACUGUUUUUCUCUGCUUUAGUAAUUCAAAAGAUAGUUGACAACACAAAUGCAAACGCAGCAAAAAGGGUCAAAGCUGGAAUGGCGUACAAAUGGCAAACUCUGAAAACCAGGGACUUUUACAUUUUUAUAUCUAUUAUCAUUUUUACCGGCCUUGUGAAUUUACAUCACAGGUCAGAUUAUUGGAGGCAGCAGUUUCCAUACAACUUCUCUUUCCCCAGUAAGAAGAUGUCACGCAACCGCUUCAAAGCCAUCAUGUGGUCACUUCAUUUAAGUGACCCAGAUGAGGAUGAAGAAAAUGAAAAUAAAAGAAUCAGUGGUGGGCACGACAUGCUUUUCAAAAUAAAGCCACUCUACAGUGAGCUGGUGAAAGCCUGCAAGACUAAUUUCCAGCCAUCACAAAAUAUUUCAAUUGAUGAGCAGAUGGUGGCAAGCAAGACACCAGUCAGCGUGAAACCAUACCUUAAGGGCAAGUCCACCAAGUGGGGAUACAAACUUUUUGUGCUGGCGGAUUCAUCCACAGGUUACACAUGGAACUUUUUUGUCGACACGGGCAAAAAGCAGUCCUCUACUACAACCACUAAUGGUUUAAGUUAUUCUUAUGUGAUGGACUUGUUGCCUCUUCAAACCCUUGGCACCGGCUACAGGUUGUAUAUAGACAACCUUUACACAAGCACUACUGUGUUCACAGACUUGUAUAAGAAGAAGAUUGGCUGCUGUGGGAUGACCAGUACAAGCUGCAUUGGCUUUCCACAGACCCAAAUAAAUGAUCUAGCCAAAAAGGUUGAGAAAGGGGACAUUCGCUGGAUACGACGUGAUGAUUUGCUGUUUGUGAACUGGAUGGACAUUAAAAAGGAGACAAUGUGUUUCACAAUCCAUAAAGCUUACAGCAAUCAGACGAUCAGGAGGAACGUGAACGAGGCUGGUGUUUGGACAAAUAAACUCAUCCCUGCUCCAGACUCCAUUCUAGACCACAAUAAGAUUGUGGGAGGUUUAGAUUUGUCCAAUAAACUCCUGGGCUUUUAUGCCGUUGGCCAUAAAACCAAAAAGUGGUUUAAAACUUUUUUUUCCACUUCAUGGACAUUGCUGUGGUGAACAGUUACAUUCUUCACAAGGAGUUGCUCAAGUACAGACAGGACCCCAACCAGGAAGAGCCCCUGCCACAAAGCUUUCAGGGAGCAGCUCAUACAGGAGAUGUACCUACCACUACUACCACUACUUGCAUGCCAGCCUUCUAUCAAGGUAAAGCAAAGCAAAUGCGGAAGCACUGCAGAAGGUGUCUAGCUGCUGGGGAGCCACGAGUAAGAACAGCAAUGUAUUGCAGAAGGUGUGAGGUUCCUCUCUGCCUCUCAUCAAAGAAGAACUGUUUUCAAUUGUGGCAUGAUGCACUGUGAGUUCAUAUUGUUAAAUACUGUAAGUAGGAAUCCUACACGUUUCUAUAGUGGGCAUUUUACUAGAGUUUGCUAGUGUUUUAAGUGUUGCAAUUUUCACUAUUAUCUUGCGUGAUAGUUUUUCAAUGUUGCUUAUGUUUCUACAUUUUUUUUUCAGGAAAAGUGUUUCGUAAUAAUAAUAAUAAAUUGCUGCAUUUGGAGACACUGUAGAUUCUUUUCAUUGUCAUUUUUGCAUUGACGGUGCCAAAAAGUGGCUAUUUAGGGUACCUUGUCU